UCCGGGGCGGGACUGACCCUGUCUGGAUCUAUCUGGAGCAGAUAAACUGGCCAAGGACAACAUCUUAGUGGGAUGGUCGAGUUGGCUGACGGUGGGUGGGUGGGGGUGAGAGGAGCAGGACCAGAGUCUGGUGCGGCUUGUUGAGGCUGGAGGUCUUCCUGGAGGAAGAGGCUGCAGCUGCCAGUAGAGCCCCAGGAGGGUGGGUUGAAUCCAGAGGGAGCAGAACGGCUGGCUCCCCAGGGCCGAUGGCGCCUGAGGAUUCCUGGGGCCGCGUGGGGCGUCAGGGUUGCUGGCUUAGGGACCCCUGUCCAAGCGUGGGAGCAGGUCCUGACGUGUGGGCUUUGGGGGUGCUGGUGCAAGAGGAGGGUGUUAAGGAGCGGGCCUGAGGGGGGAUCUGGGCACUAAGUGGAGCCAGGCAUGGGCAGAGGGGCAGGGAGUGUGGUGGUUUGGGGAUGCUGGGUGUUCAAGUCUUUGUGUCUCCAAUGUCUCUUUCGCUGUCUCUGUCUGCGUCUUCUUCUCCAUCUCUCCACCUGUCGGUCUCUCCAUCCCCGGCUCUGCGUCUUUCCCUUUCCGUCGCUCUCCACGCAUCCACGACUCUGUCUCUGGUUCUCUCCGUCUCUGGGGGCCUAGCCUCGGUCCCCGCCCAGAGGCUGGCGAGACCGGGGGCGGGCCGGGGGCGGGCCUCGCGGCGCGGCCGGGCGGGGUUAAAAGGGCCCGGCCGCCGGACGGCGCGGUCAGAACCGAGGUUGCGGUGCGGGCGGAUCUGGAUCCCGGAUCGAGAGGCCGAGGCCGAGGCCGAGACCCGCGAGGAUCUCCUUUGGGCCGAGGAAGCUGUGGGCGACAGCCUACAGUGUGCCCACAGCUGCGGUGAGGCCCUCCUUCCCACCUCGAUUUGCCAGCUUGGCUCUGCCCUCAGAACUGCUCCUGCAGCCCCUUCUCCGAACCCCAGAAAUCUGGGGAUGCUGCCCGUCACGGAACACCUGCUGUACCUCCUGGGACUGGAGAAGACCGCCUUCCGCUUGUAUGCGGUGUCUGCACUCGUCCUGUCCCUGCUCUUCUUCCUCUGCCGCCUGCUGAUACAGCUCCUGAGGUUCUCCUGGCGUUGCUACAUCACCUGCCGCCGGCUGAGCUGCUUCCCCCAGCCCCCCCGGCGCAACUGGCUGCUGGGCCACCUGGGCAUGUAUCUUCCAAAUGAGACAGGCCUCCAAGAUGAGAAGAAGGUGCUGGACAACAUGCAUCAUGUGAUCCUGGUGUGGAUUGGCCCCAUUUUGCCGCUGUUGGUUCUGGUGCAUCCUGACUACAUCAAGCCCGUAGUGGGUGCCUCAGCUGCCAUUGCCCCCAAGGAUGAUCUUUUCUACGGUUUCCUGAAACCUUGGCUGGGAGAUGGGCUGCUGCUUAGCAAAGGUGAGAAGUGGAGCCGGCACCGCCGCCUGCUGACCCCCGCCUUUCACUUCGACAUCCUGAAGCCCUACAUGAAGAUCUUCAACCAGUGCACUGACAUCAUGCAUGCUAAAUGGCGGCGCCUGGCGGAGGGCCCAGUGGUCUCCCUUGACAUGUUUGAGCACAUCAGCCUCAUGACCCUGGACACUCUUCAGAAAUGUGUCUUCAGCCACAACAGCAACUGCCAGGAGAAGAUGAGCGAUUACAUCUCGGCCAUCAUCGAGCUGAGCGCACUCGUGGUCCAGCGCCAAUACCGCGUGCACCACCACAUCGACCUCAUCUACUACCUCACGGCAGACGGGCGGCGUUUCCGGCAGGCCUGUGACACCGUGCACCGCUUCACCACGGAGGUCAUCCAGGAGCGGAGGCGGGCGCUGCACCAGCAGGGGGCCGAGGCCUGGCUUAAGGGCAAACAGGGCAAGACCUUGGACUUCAUCGAUGUGCUGCUCCUGGCCAAGGAUGAAGACGGGAAGGAACUGUCAGACGAGGACAUCCGAGCUGAGGCGGACACCUUUAUGUUUGAAGGUCAUGACACAACAUCCAGUGGCCUGUCAUGGGUGCUGUUCAACUUGGCCAAGUAUCCAGAGUACCAGGAGAAGUGCCGGGAAGAGAUCCGAGAGGUCAUGCGAGGCCGGGAGCUGGAGGAGCUGGAGUGGGAUGACCUGACCCAGCUGCCUUUCACCACUAUGUGCAUCAAGGAGAGCCUACGCCAGUUCCCACCCGUGACCCUGGUCUCCCGCCGCUGCACGGAGGACAUCAAGCUUCCAGACGGGCGCGUCAUCCCCAAAGGAAUUAUCUGCCUGGUCAGCAUCUACGGGACCCACCACAACCCCACAGUGUGGCCUGACUCCAAGGUGUACAACCCCUAUCGCUUUGACCCGGACAACCCACAGCAGCGCUCCCCACUGGCCUAUGUGCCCUUCUCCGCAGGACCCAGAAACUGCAUCGGACAGAGCUUUGCCAUGGCCGAGAUGCGCGUGGCCGUGGCGCUGACGCUGUUGCGUUUCCGCCUGAGUGUGGACCGAACGCGCAAGGUGCGGCGGAAGCCUGAGCUCAUCUUGCGCACGGAGAACGGCAUCUGGCUCAACGUGGAGCCACUGCCUCCGCGGGCCUGAUCGCUGGCGCUUCCCUGCGGACCCCGGGGGGCCCAAGCCCCGCCCAAAGAGGCCCAGGCCACGCCCCCGAGGGACCAGACCCCGCCCCCAGGGCCCUGAGGGCAGAGACCACGCCCCUCGAAGACCCGGUUGGGCUCCUGGAAGACCAGGCUCCUCCACUGAGCAGUAUGAAGAAGGUGCAGGCCACGCCCCUCAUGGCAAGGCUCCGCCUCCUGACGGCCUGGUCCUCCCCCUUGAGGUCCAGGUCAGGUCCCCUGAGUGCCUGCUUUCCUGCUUGAGGGACCAGGCUCAGCCGCAUCUCUUCGGGCCCAGACCCACCCCCAGGAUCCAGAGCACUCGGGCCUUCAGGCCCCACCCACCCAACCAUCUGAGGAUCCUAGACCUGACACCUAAGGCCUCUGGGAUUCAGGACCUGUCCCCCGUGGAUCCCGGCUGGCUUUUAAGUUGAGGACUUGAGAGCUGGAGCCUGAAGUAAGAGCCCUGGACCCGGACGUCAGCUUCUUGAGGUCCCCAGCUCAUACGGGCGAACUCCUCUGGCAUCAGGCUGCAUCCCAGGGCUCAGGGUGUGUGCUUCUGUUGAUGUUUUGUAAAUCCAGACCUUCCCUGGAAAGCCUCUUCCUUCCUCCUUUGCUGAAAAGCCCUUUGCCGAGUGUUCUGAUUUUUGUAGAAUAAAAGCGAGGGAUGCAGACACCCCCCCCCCCCCCCCCGCCCCACCGUCUACUCCCUAGCUCAGCCAGACACUUCCCUUGGGCUCCAGGAAGGAAAUGAAGGUGCCUGGACAGCUGGGAGGCAACUGAGGGAAGCUAUGGGCUAGGAGGCUGGGAAGCCAUUUGUCCUCGGACAUGAACUCAGGCUUUUGGGGACAGUUUGUGCAUUCAUUUAUCUCAUCAACAGACCACAUAUUAAUUAAGUGUUUAUUGGCACUGGGCCCGGAGCACAGCCGGGCCCAAUUCCUGCCAUCGGGAGAACAGGAGACAGAUGUUGAACAAAUAAUUCCACACGUAAAUUUAUUUACAAUCCGUGACAAGUGCUCCAAAAGAGAGGCCCUUGUUGCUCUGUGACACAACAGGGGGGUGGCUCAGGGAGAGCUUCUCUGAUGCUGAAGUGAGGGUACAAGUUGAGUGGUGACAAGGAGAAGAGCAUGUCAGGUGGGAGGGACAGCAUCUGCAGAUGUCCCCAGGUAAGGGAGAACAUGGUGUGCCGGAGGAGCACCACUCCAGAGAGGCUGGAUCCGGAGGAGGGGUGCAGACUGGAGGAAAGUCGGGCAGGGGCCAACUGCCCAGGAACUGUGGGCUACAUCUCAGUUCAAGCCUUAUGCUGAAGGCAAUAGGGAGCUAUAGAAGGUGUGUGAGCAGGAGCAUGACAGGAUCUGGUCAGAUAUGAGCUGGCAGGACGGUGGCUUGGAAGGGGGGAACACUGGGGAAUGGAAACCUGGGGAAGAGGGAGACUGAGGUCCAGGCAGGACAGGAGGGGGGACUACCUAGCCACAAGAGCUGCGGUGAGGGAGGAGUUAAGGGGGAUUUCCAAGUCUUUGGCUGGGGGAACAGAUGAUGGUGUAGUCCCUGAAAUGAUAAGGAAGAUGGGGCAGUGACAAGGUCUACAGUAACCAUAUUAACUCAUCAAAUAUUUAUUGAGCAUCUGCUGUAAGCCAGGUGGUAUUUGAGCCCUUACAUAAUUGACCUUUGUUGGGUGUGGGGGGAGGAUAACAUGACGAAUAAUAAAUGAGCAAAUAAGUAAAUUCA